GCAAUGCUUCAACGGAGGAGGAGGUGUUCCUGGUGGCCAUCUUGGAUGCGCGGAGUGAUUGUUUGGCGAAUAGAAGUAAUAGGAAAUUAAAAAUAAAGACCGGAAAAAAAAGUUGGGAAAUUGUUAACAGAACACAAGCUGAAAGAAAAGAGGAAAGGUGAAACUAAGGAAAAUCAGGUAAAAACGGCUCUUGUUUGGGCGAAAGAAGGCAUGAAGAAAACAUCUUAGUCAAGUCAUGGCUGAUAAAAGAAAACUACAAGGUGAAAUUGAUCGAUGUCUAAAAAAAGUCACUGAAGGAGUAGAACAGUUUGAAGACAUUUGGCAAAAGCUUCACAAUGCAGCCAAUGCCAACCAAAAAGAGAAGUAUGAGGCUGACCUCAAGAAAGAGAUAAAAAAAUUACAGCGCCUCCGAGACCAGAUUAAGACGUGGGUGGCUUCAAACGAGAUCAAAGACAAAAGGCAGCUAGUGGACAACCGCAAACUCAUAGAGACACAAAUGGAGCGCUUUAAAAUUGUGGAGCGAGAGACAAAAACGAAAGCGUACUCCAAAGAGGGACUCGGCCUUGCUCAGAAAGUAGACCCUGCACAAAAAGAGAAAGAGGAGGUUGGACAGUGGCUAACGACAACGAUAGACACGUUAAACAUGCAGGUGGACCAGUUUGAAAGUGAGGUGGAAUCACUUUCAGUCCAGACACGGAAAAAGAAAGGAGACAAAGAGAAGCAGGAUCGGAUAGACGAGCUGAAAAGGUUGAUUGAGAGGCACCGCUACCACAUUCGUAUGCUGGAGACCAUUUUGCGAAUGCUAGAUAACGACUCGGUACAGGUGGAUUCCAUCCGCAAAAUCAAGGACGACGUGGAGUACUACAUUGAUUCUUCUCAGGAUCCUGACUUUGAGGAGAAUGAAUUCCUCUACGAUGAUCUGGACCUGGAGGAUAUAUCCCAGCCAUUGGUCGCCACAUCUCCUCCAACUCACACGGAGGAUGAAAUCUUCCAGCACUCCAGUCCCACACCGACAUCCACCACUUCAUCUUCCCCAAUUCCUCCAUCCCCAGCUACUUGCACUACAAAUUCUGAAGAUGAUAAGAAGCGAGGUCGUUCCACAGAUAGUGAAUUCAGUCAGUCUCCAGUAAAGAAUGGCAAUCCAUCAUCUCUUUCCUCAUCCUCGUCAUCCUCGUCAUGUUCGGGAUCCUCUUCUACCUUAGUGGUGUCUUUGGCGACCAUGGCAAGCAGCAGCAUCUCGGCAGUCGGGGGCAGCAGCCUCCUGAGCAAUAUAGGAGGCCAUGUACAAAACUCAUGCAGCUACAGUUCCGCCAUCCAGCAGCAAAUGCAGUCCAAAAAUGCCAUCAACUCCCAAUCCAGCAUCUCUGCCUCAGCAACUCCCUCAAAUAUCCUCUUACCCAACCCUACAUCAACCUCUUCUCCUUCUAAUAUCAGUUCACCAAGCAACCAGGCCCAGCCUCCGCUCACUCCAAGUCCAGCUUCCAGCCUGAGCCAUGCUCUUAGCCUGGGCCUAGCCAAGAGUAGUGCGCCAACCACCAGUAGCAUUGGCCAGAUUCCUGGCCUUGGCCUUUCAGGGAUGCCAGCAUCCAGGAACAGCAUGUCAGGGCCCCUGCAAAGUUCCACCCCAGCACCAUACGCCCAGGCCGCUGCAUCCGGUACUGCCAAUGCCACAGUUAAUGCCAAUGUCACAAACUCCAGUGGAGUACAACCAGCUGGCACAAAUGGAAACAAUGCUUCAACAGGUCUCUUGGGGUCAGCACCAGGCACUACAGGGAUCAGCAGUGCAAUCUUAGGUCUGGGAACCACACAGACUGCAGUGCAGCCCUCGUCCUUGGUGACGCCCAGCCCUGUUGGAGGAGGACUGGUGCAGGCGAGCAGCGUGGGCGUUAUUGGGAGUAACAGUGGAAACUCUACAUCAGGAAAUGCAACAGCUGUGGGCAGUUCUGGGCUUCCAAGGCCACCUAGUGGGCAGAAACAGAAUGGAGGCACAACCUACAGUGCCAUAGUAGCAGAUAGCACAUCUGAUUCUGCCCUCAACAGUGCCAGCCAGUUACAAAAUAACCAACCCUCAUCCUUAAAUUCCACAACCAAUCUGCCUAAGGACAGUGGGUCCAGCCUUCUGGGGUCUAUGACUCUUCCUACCAGUUCACCAUCGCCCUCGUAUAGUGAGAGUAAUCCGAGUGGGGGCAGCUUGUUGAAUGGACCUCACUCCUACACACAAGCGGCUGAUGCCAUCAAGCCUCAGGAACCGCUCAGUUCUCUAAAAUCGAUGGCAGAGAGAGCGGCUCAGGGCUCAGGUUUAGAGGGAGAACUCUCUGCGCUACAUCUCACUGGAGUAAACAAAGUUGGAGAUUGGAAUACAGGAGUGUGCAAUGGUUCAGAUAUCUUCCCUAGUUCCACUGCUCCGUCAGGUCCCCCUACAGCCCCCCAGUCUUCUCUUUCAGAGGUUAACAUUCCUCCAUCACUGGGUGUCUGUCCUCUGGGUUCUGUCCCCAUCUCCAAAGAGCAGCACUACCAGCACAUUAUGCAAGAGGCAGCCUGGACACACAUGCCCCACCCGUCAGACUCCGAGAGGAUCAGGUAUACAUUCAUCUGGUCUUCACAGAUACACAUGGCAAACUGCUCCAGGCUUGUGUCUCCAACGAUAAUGCUGCAGUACCUGAUGAGGAAUCCCUGUCCUACCUUGCCUUUCCAUCACCAGGUGCCACCACCACACACAGACUGUGUGGACUUCUACCAGAGGCUGUCUACAGAGACUCUCUUCUUCAUUUUCUACUACCUUGAGGGCACAAAGGCUCAGUAUUUGGCAGCCAAAGCUUUGAAAAAGCAGUCGUGGAGGUUCCACACAAAGUACAUGAUGUGGUUCCAGAGGCACGAGGAGCCUAAGACCAUCACUGAUGAGUUUGAGCAGGGGACAUACAUCUACUUUGACUACGAGAAGUGGGGCCAGAGGAAGAAAGAAGGAUUCACGUUUGAGUACAGGUAUCUUGAGGACCGGGACCUCCAGUGACGGACAAUAAGAACUGCAGACUACUGUUGACAUUCCUGGACUGAAUCCGCACUCUCACGCACAUGUGGUGUGGCGACUCAGAUGCUGUAGCGAGCUGUUUUAUGUCUCGUUGGUGCAUAUUGCCUUUGGAGUUUCUCACAGUACCUACAAAAUCCACUUGCCCAGUACUUUUUCCACUUACCACCUUGUUUUAGUAAAAUCUGGACAGAGCAUUCUUGAGCCAAAGAGACACAAGCUUAAAAUAAUUUCAUCCAGCACAGUAAGAUGACGACAAACACAAGUCAGGUUGUGUGGUACGAUUCAUAGUGCACAAGCAAAUGUUAAAUAUCUGUUCUAGCACAAGGAAUACUGAACUGUGGGAGACCAAAUUCAAUUGCAUAUUCUUGAAGUUGUCAUCAUUUUAAAGCUGGAUGAAAUGAACUGGCUUGCAUUUGAUGUCUGACCGAAACCAUAAUCAAUAAUUCCAUUCGCUUCCUCCUUGUACCUUAAGCAUUUUUUUUUUUUUUUUUUUUUUUAAAUACAGUGGGACAUUUUAAAAUUAGAGUUGUCCAAAUUAUUAUACAACAAUCCAAUAUUCAAGAGUAAUUACAAUCUGUAUCCCACCCCACUCCAUCCAGCCCCUAAUUCUAACUAAAGAUAACGACACUGCCCAGAGUGAGAGAGAAUUGGAAUGAAAAGCACCAGCACUAAACAAAAAAAAAAAAGAGAGAG